UUGACAGCCAUAUUUUAUAGCAUCUGUCUUUUCAGUGUUGAUCGUUCAUCAUGGCAGUCGGAAAAAAUAAGGGUCUUUCCAAAGGUGGUAAAAAAGGAAGCAAGAAGAAAGUGAUUGAUCCUUUUUCACGCAAAGAUUGGUAUGACAUAAAAGCUCCAAAUAUGUUUGCCCAACGGCAAGUUGGAAAAACAUUGGUAAAUCGUACACAAGGUACCCGAAUCGCAUCUGAGGGACUGAAGCACCGCGUGUUUGAAGUUUCAUUGGCCGAUUUGCAGAACGACAACGAUGCUGAACGCUCAUUCCGCAAAUUCCGUUUGAUUUGCGAAGAUGUUCAAGGCAGUCACUGUUUGACCAACUUCCAUGGCAUGAACCUGACCACCGAUAAAUUGCGGUCAAUGGUAAAAAAAUGGCAGACUUUGAUUGAAGCACAUAUCGAUGUCAAAACAACCGAUGGCUAUUUGCUUCGUGUGUUUGCAAUUGGUUUCACCACCAAGGAUAGUGCAUCGCAACGUAAAACUUGUUACGCCCAGCACUCGCAAGUCCGCGCCAUCCGCAAAAAGAUGUGCGACAUCAUUACACGUGAUGUCACUAGCUCCGAUUUGAAGGAAGUUGUCAACAAAUUGGUACCGGAUUCUAUUGCUAAGGAUAUUGAAAAGGCAUGCCAUGGCAUCUAUCCAUUGCAUGAUGUUCACAUUCGCAAAGUGAAAGUAUUGAAGAAACCCCGAUUCGAUUUAUCCAAGUUGUUGGAAUUGCAUGGUGAUGGAAGCGGCGGAAAACCUGCCGAAGGAGUUACCAACGUUGAAGGUGUCGUUGUCGAACGUCCAGAAGGCUAUGAACCACCAGUUCAAGAAGCCGUUUGAACGGAGCGAUAAUUUUUCUAUUCGAAAUAACGACGAAAAAUAUCCAAAAAUACACAUUAUUGUAUUGAUAUGGGAAUAUUAUUAAAAUAAAAAAUAAGCCCACAA